CUGUUACCCCCACCAUUUUCACGUCAUGGACGAUGUGCUGUUGCAUAAAUUAGCCAUAUCGGGGCCCACUCUUGCCUCCAUGAUCCAGCGCCUCUCAUCCUCCGCCGCCGAUGUGGACGGUCUCCUCUUUGGCCACGUCACUCGCAUCUCCCCUUCCACCCUCUCCGACGAUUCUUCCCAAACUUCCCCCGAUUCGCACCUCGUCGCCAUCAUCUCCGGCUUCCUCUGCUUCCCUUCUCUCCUCUCCUUCUACGACUCACUCGGCCGAGUCGACUCCUCCCGACUCUCUUCCACUACUCACCUCAACCACAAACCCCUCAUCGGCUGGUUCUCCUCUCGCCGCAAAACUCCCCUCCGCCCUUCCAUGCGUGAGUUCGUCGUCACCCAUUCUCUCUCCUCUACCUCCAAUCUCUCCCUUCCGAUCCAAAACUCCGAUUCCGAUUCCCUUUUCGCUCCUUCCAUUUUCCUCCUCUUCACCACUCCCCUACAAGACCAAUUCAUUCAAACCAACCAGUAUCGGGCCUUCCACUUCCAAUCAUCCCGACACUGUUUUAAUCCGCUAUCCAUCGAUGUAGUCAACAUUGGGCCCGCUUUUAGAGGGCAUUACGGGUCGUUUAGCCCCACCUCCGCGCUACCCUUUUUGAACUGCGAGCUAAGGAGCUCAACGCCCAUGAAUGAAGAUAGAAAUGACAAGACUUUAAUUGGAAUGAAACAAACGGAGAAGGAUCAAUCCUUGUUGGAUACGUGCACCGAGGGAAUGCAAAUUGGGAGAUUGAACCGGUUAAUCGGACCGGAAGCCACUAGAUACACCGCUGGAUUAGAGGAUUUAUACGAGAAAAUGCUUUUGAAGGCCGAAAGCUUGGCCAGGCUCGUUGAAGCCAGCUCCGCUAAGGUUCUUGAACAGGAAAAUCAGAAUAGGAAGUUACGGUACAAUGUUGCCAGGUCUGUUGGGGUCGAAUAAUUGUUUCCUAUUUCAUUCAAGGUAAUUACAUAUAUCUUAUUUGAUUUAGUUUUUCCCAAGUCAUCCUACUUUGUUUACAUUUUUAGAUAAUCAGUUCU